AAUAAAAAAUGAAGGAAAAAAAGAGAAACCAAUGAAAAAAUAGAAGAGAAAAAUGGGAAAUGAUAAAAUGCGAAAUAAAAACCUUUCAAUCGACACAGUGCGGAGAAGAAGUUUAGAAUCAAAGGAGAAACCGACGUCCCUCUCUCUCUCUCUCUCUCUCUCUCUCUCUCUCUCGCCUCCUCUUUGGAUCUCUCUCUCUCUGUCUCUCUCUCCCUGAUUUAACAUAAUCAGGGAGUUUUCGGUUUCGGAUUAUUACAAGUCUUUUUGUCUUGUCUUAGCUCUGUUGCAGCCCCCUUUGAAAUCUCCGAAGCUUUAUCCUUUUAUCUUUCAAGAGGGCUUAUGCAGCAAGCGAAAUGGGACAAAGAAAUAGAUCAGUCGAUUUAGAAAUGGAGCAGCAGCAGCACCACCAAUCUCAAGCCUCUCUCCAGCCAGGACCUUGCCUCCUUGUAGGCAGCUUUCCACAACCUGCCAUGGUUGCAAACGUUCCUAAUUCUCUUCAAGACAACUCGACAAUGUUCUAUGGUCUUCCUCAGUACCAUCAUCAUCAUCAUCAGCCUCCUCCCACCAACUACUAUGCUCCCUAUGUGGCAUUUCAGGCUCCCCCAAGUCAGUUACCAUCUUCUAGCAGUCACGGAGUAAGUUCUGAUCAUUUUAUGGAUCACACACCAGGGGCAUAUAAAAGAAAGAACGCUGAAGGUCCUCAGUACUUAAGUACUUUAGCAGCACCAUUCAAUAAUGCACCUGAGACAGUAGCUCCAUUUGGAGGCGCAAGGAGCAGGCCAGGAGCUGUUACAAUGAACCCUGUUCUUCCUCCUCCUCCUCCUCCUCAUGCUCCAAACGGCUUCAUUCAAGGGAACUAUGCUGGUCAUCAUCCUUACCCACCUCCUGGCUCAAUAUGGUAUGAUCAACACCUUGGCAGACCCGAUGGUUCACCUUCGUUUUGGCCCCAUACACCUUACAUGCAAGGUAGUAACAUUGUCGCUGGUUCCUUAGAGUCUAGUAGAAGAAACCCUGCACCAUUCAUGUUUCCUUCUCCAUUAAACCCAAGGGACCAUUACUAUAGUCAUCAACAUCACCCGGCACCUCCUCCUGUACAAGGAGUGAGAGGUCAGAGCGCCACAUUAUACCCUCCCAUGGCUUCUUCACCCUCGUACAGAGUCCCUUUUAGGAACUUUGCUCCUCAGAACACAAUCAAUAACGGUCCAGAGAUGGGUCCAGUUCAACCAACAGGGUUUCGGAUAUACCAGCAUCCUCCACCUUUAGCAGCUCUUAGACAACACCGUGGAGGAGUUCCUCGGCUUAGAGUGAUGCCUGAUGAUGAAGCUGCUAUAUUGGAGUUUGGAGACUUCCUUGGCGGUUCUGGAAAUAACCACAUUGAUCAUCAUCGAGAUAUGCGUUUAGACAUAGAGGAAAUGUCUUAUGAGGAGCUUCUUGCCUUGAGUGAGCGGAUUGGGACUGUGAACACUGGUUUGCCAGAGGAAGAUGUUAAGAACCAUCUAAAAACAAGAACAUGUUCUGUCAUCAACCUUGCAGAAGAGUCAUCCUCGUCUCCACAAACAAAAGAUAGAGAAACUGAGCCUUGCACCAUAUGUCAGGAAAGCUUCAAGAACGAAGAAAAGAUUGCUACUUUGGAUUGUGGGCACGAGUAUCAUGCGGAAUGCUUGGAGAAAUGGCUGAUUGUGAAGAACGUUUGCCCAAUCUGUAAAUCAGAAGCAUUGGUCAUGGAGAAGAGAAAAGUAUAAUAGGAAGAAGAAGAAUGACUUCUUUUAAUCUAAUGGGUUUAUUAUUAUAUAUAUAUUUAUAUAAAAAAGGAAACUUACAUGAAGAGAAGAAAACUGAGUUUGGUUUUAUUUUUCAGCUCCAUAAGGAUUCUGUAAAUUUGUACAUUCUUUUGUUUGUGCACAUAUAACAAAUAUGUGAAUGGUCAAAAACUUUCUUUUUUA